UCUUUGCGGAACCUAGUAGCAAAAAGACAUCACUAUUUAUGAUGAUGACAGUCUCAGAGCCUCAGUGAAUGAUUCCUCCUCCUAUUGGUUGAGCACUGCAGGAGUUACAGCUAAGCGAUUACGGAUAGGUCAACUUUGCCAUACACAUGACGGAAGUGGGGCAGCAACUAAUGUUUCUUUGUUGAUCAUUCCACGACUGCCGGGAUAGCACCGGAAGUGGGUAAAUGAAACAUAAUCGGAGAAGAAAGCAGUCUUCUCUUGCCGGAAGUGUGGAUGAAAGGGCGGAAGCCGGCGUCUCUAAGCGAGUGGGACGGUUGCUAGGCGCAGGCAGGAAGUGGGAAGGUGUUAGAAUGACGGAGGUGGCAGAAGCAAUGUUAGUUACCUCAGGCAGGGGUAACAUGGCGAGCUUCUGCCGCGUUGUGUCUUUUCUCCCCGUUAUUCUGUUUGUCACUAACUUAUUUCCCUCGGUACUCCCGGCCCACAUCAAAAAGGCCAUGGAGGAGACGCAUGAGACCUAUAACCACUAUUAUAACUACCAGGAAUUGACGGAGUUGCUUCAUGCGCUUGCCGAGGACCACACAGACAUCGCACGGCUCUCUAGUCUGGGGCAUUCAGUAAAAGGCCGGGAAUUGUGGGUCAUGAGGCUGACAGCCGAGCCGGACGCAGUUCCCGCGGACCGGCCCCAGUUCAAGUAUGUCGGUAAUAUGCACGGGGAUGAGACGGUGUCCCGACAGGUGCUGAUCUACUUAAUCCAGCACCUUGUAGAGGGGUACGGCCGCGACAAACGCAUCUCCCUCCUCCUUAAUACCACAGACAUCUACAUUAUGCCCAGCCUUAACCCCGACGGCUUCGAGACAGCCAAGGAGGGCGAUUGCAGAGGAGAGAGAGGUGGAAGGGAGAAUGCCAAUGAUAAGGACCUCAACCGCAGCUUCCCUGAUCAGUUCUCCCCGGGGCACCAACCUGACGCUAAGGAGGUGCCUGAGACAGUCGCUAUGAUUAAGUGGAUCCUUGAAAACCGGUUUGUCCUUUCUGGGAACCUUCAUGGUGGCUCUGUGGUGGCAAGUUACCCUUACGAUGAUUCCCUCACACACAAGCCUUCUGGGGUCUAUAGUAAAUCAUCAGAUGACAAGGUGUUUCAAUACCUAGCCAGGGCCUAUUCUGCGAAUCAUCCGAUAAUGAAGACUGGGCAUCCUUCCUGCAAAGGCGAGGAAGAAGAAGUCUUUCAAGAUGGAAUCACAAAUGGUGCUCAGUGGUAUGAUGUUCAAGGCGGCAUGCAAGAUUACAAUUAUAUCUGGGGAAACUGCUUUGAGGUGACGUUCGAGUUAUCCUGCUGCAAGUAUCCAAUGGCAUCCGAACUUCACAAGGAGUGGGAAAACAACCGGGAGAGUCUCAUGAAAUUUAUGGAAAUGGUGCACAUCGGAGCAAAGGGGUUUGUGAAAGACUCCGUUACCCAGAAGGGAUUGGAGAACGCUACCAUCUCUGUCACGGGGAUUGAUCAUAAUAUCACAUCUGGCAAACUGGGGAACUUCCAGAGGCUGCUAGCUCCUGGGAAGUAUGAAAUCACUGCAUCGGCCAUAGGGUACCUACCGCAGACUAUAAGUGAUGUUGAAGUAAAAGAAGGACCAGCAACAGUACUUGAUUUUUCAUUACAUCCUACUGUAUCAAUCACACCCUCUGAUGGGCAGGAGACGACGGAUAGCCCAGUAUCUGUCACUGAGUCGUCCAUGGAAACAGAAAAUCGCCCUCCUCGACCAAAGACCAUCCAGCCACGAGAUUUCCGGCAUCAUCACUACCCCGACAUGGAGAUCUUCCUUCGCAGAUACAACAACGAAUACCCAAACAUCACGCGUCUGUACUCCGUGGGCAAGUCUGUGGAAUCCAGGGAGCUUUAUGUGAUGGAGAUAUCUGACAAUCCAGGUCUCCAUGAGCCAGGUGAGCCGGAGUUUAAGUACAUUGGAAACAUGCAUGGCAAUGAAGUGGUCGGUCGUGAGUUACUUCUGAACCUCAUUGAGUAUCUCUGUAAGAACUAUGGAACUGAUGCUGAGGUCACGCAGCUGGUUGACACCACUAGGAUCCAUAUCAUGCCGUCUAUGAAUCCUGAUGGUUAUGAAAAGUCACAAGAAGGGGACCGUGAUGGUGUAAUUGGCAGGAACAAUAGUAACAAUUACGACCUGAAUCGUAACUUCCCCGACCAGUUUUUCCAGAUCACAGAUCCUCCACAACUUGAGACUUUAGCGGUUAUGAACUGGUUAAAAACCUAUCCAUUUGUCCUAUCUGCGAAUCUGCAUGGAGGCUCCCUUGUAGUUAAUUACCCGUACGAUGAUGAUGAGAAAGGUGCGUCCAUGUACAGUAAAUCCCCAGAUGAUACUGUGUUUCAGCAACUGGCUUUGGCUUAUUCUAAGGAAAACAAAAAGAUGUUUAAAGGCAGUCCAUGCAAGGAAAUCUACCCACAAGACAAUUUCCCACAGGGUAUCACAAAUGGCGCAAACUGGUAUAAUGUUCCAGGUGGAAUGCAAGACUGGAAUUACCUUAACACAAACUGCUUUGAAGUGACCAUUGAGCUGGGGUGUGUGAAAUACCCCGUGGCAUCAGAGCUUCCAGCUUACUGGGAAAGCAACCAGCAAUCGCUGAUUUCAUUCAUUAAGCAGGUGCACAAGGGCAUCAAAGGAUUUGUACUUGAUGCAACUGAUGGAAGCAGCAUCUUAAAUGCUACUAUUAGCGUAGCAGACAUCGAUCAUACUGUCACGUCAGACAAGGCUGGGGAUUACUGGCGACUCUUGGUUCCAGGGCAGUAUAGAGUUACAGCUUCUGCAAGAGGGUACAUGCCUGUUACCAAAACUGUGAAUGUCACAGAAGUAGAUGCCGUUGUAUUAAACUUCACCCUUGCUCGUUCUGGAGCUGAUUUCCACAAAGAAGAAAGAGGAAAGGUAGCAGUAAUAGAGUCAGAGACGCCCGAUCCUGAUACAAAGGAGUUUGAAAAACUAAUCAAAGAACUUUCAGAUGAAAAUGGAAUGAACCGCUUCCUGCUUUCCUCCUCUGCUGAUAUUGAUCUGUACCGUUACCGGAAUUACAUGGACCUCUCCCAGUCACUUCGUGGACUAAACCUUAACUACCCGCUCAUCACAAAUCUGGCCAGUUUGGGCUCAAGUGUUGAAUUUCGUCAAAUCUGGUCCCUGGAAAUCUCCAAUAAGCCGAACCGCUCUGAGCCCGAGGAGCCGAAGAUCAGGUUUGUCGCCGGUGUUCAUGGCAAUGCUCCGGUUGGCACUGAGCUCCUGCUGACGUUUGCAGAGUUCCUGUGUCUAAACUACAAAAAGAACAGCGCAAUCACUAAACUUAUAGAUCGAACCAGAAUUGUAAUUGUGCCUCUGGUAAAUCCUGAUGGACGCGAGCGUGCAAAGGAGAAGGAGUGCACGUCGGACGUGGGGCAGAAUAAUGCAAAUGGCAAAGACCUCGACACUGACUUUAUAAGUAAUUCUUCAGGGCCAGUUGGAGAGAGGGAAAAAGAAACUAAUGCCAUCAUCGAAGGCCUAAUCUUAAAGCAGGAUUUUACCCUUUCCGUUGUAUUAGAUGGUGGUUCUGUGCUGGUCACAUACCCGUACGAUAAUCCAGUACACACAGUGGACCAUAAAGAGACUCUCAAACACCUGGCCACUGUCUAUGCAAUGAAUCAUCCUCGCAUCCACGUGGGUCACCCCGGAUGCCCAAACAAGACAGAUGAGAAUAUUCCUGGUGGAGUGAUCUGUGGUGCUGAAUGGAGGGGACACCAGGGCAGCAUGAAGGAUUUCAGCGUCACCCACGGCCAUUGUCCAGAAAUCACAGUUUACACCAGCUGCUGCCUUUUCCCCAGUGCUGCCCAGCUGCCUCUCCUCUGGAACGAGAAUAAAAAAGCUCUUUUCAGCAUGCUUGUAGAGGUACAUAAAGGCGUACGAGGGAUAGUAAAGGAUGAAAGUGGAAAACCAGUACCCAAAGCAACCAUCAUAUUGAAUGAAGAUGUUAAGGUCUACACCAAAGAGGGAGGAUACUUUCACGUUCUGCUUGCACCGGGAUUCCAUAACAUUAACGCCAUUGCAGAGGGGUAUCAACAGCAGCACACUCAGGUUCUUGUUAGACACGAUGCAGCCAGUCCUAUAGAAAUAAUAUUCAACAUGGAUAACCGCAUUUUUGGGCUGCCCAGGGAGCUUGUUGUAACUGUGGCAGGUGCCACCAUGUCCGCGCUGUUACUUACAGCCUGCAUCAUCUGGUGCGUAUGCUCCAUCAAGUCAAACAGGCACAAAGAUGGCUUCCAUAGGCUGAGGCAGCACAACGAUGACUACGAAGAUGAGAUCCGGUUGAUGUCCACAGGAUCUAAGAAAUCCCUUUUAAGUAACGAAUUCCAGGAUGAAACCGAUACGGAGGAGGAAACACUGUAUACCAGCAAACAUUGAAUAUGCAGUACAUUUGCUAGCUAGCCUAGGACCAGACAUGAGAACCUGGUGCAUUUAAACCCUGGCUUGGCUGCAGCAAACUCUCUGUCAGUACCAGCACAUUUGCCAUUGAUCCUUUCUUCAAACUCUCGUGCGACGUGCUCUUCAGUGUUUUGUUCUUUUUCUUUGAUAUUUUGUGUGUGUCUGGGGCCCAUAGUCUGCGUGCAGAAUGACUUAAAGGCACCGAACAAGAGCAAGCUGCUGGCAUAGCCUCUCCAGACGGACAUCUUCAGAGCGGCCGGAGCAGGAUACUGACCUUGUUGCAAUACUUUGGAGGUACUUCUGAGCCUCCGUAUAUCUGUCUGUUGUGAAGUCACCAGAUGAGAACAUUAUAAGUGCUGUUGCGUGUUAUCUAUUGUAUUUGGUCCCAGACUUGGCCAUAUACAUUCAUUUUUAAAUGUAUUCCACCAAAAACAAUGACAUGUUUUAGAAGAGAACGCACUAAAUCCUUAAAGCUUUUUAUUUACAUUGGAAUACUGCUAUGAGCCUGCGGAACAUGCUAUGGUUUGUCUGAUAUGUUUUUCUUCAGGAAUCUACAGUAAUGAAGUGAAUAUUCAACUUAAAUGUGUAACCUGAUA